AUGUCGAAGGCGUCGUUUGAGCGAAAAGCGAUCGGAAUUCUCUACGACUUUCAAAAGUCGCGGAAAGUCUGGGGCGAUCUUGUCUCGGAUGGGUUGACACAAGCGAAUGCACUCGUCAACGUGCAACUUCAACAAGGAUAUGUGGAUAGUGCAGGAUACUGGCCACCGGCGCUGGAUCAAUUUCUGGAUCUUAAGGAUCGAUUCGAGAGCAAACUUCAAAAGAAGGCCGACGCGCUCGCCUUGGACUUUGAGACAACUUUUACAAAGAUGAGCGCACAGUACUCCAAGAUGAAGCUACAAACCAGUCAAUUCGAGUACUUGAUGGAGGAGGCGACAGAAUCAUUUGGAGAGGCGUACACAUAUAAGGACCCCUUUGGCGCCACCUGCACACUUGAGCAGAUCUGGAUACAGUUCGAGAGGGUGUUUGGCCUGUACACACAACAAAUCGCCCUCAACCGUGAGAUUCUGGAUCAAUUGGUCGCGCGGAACCAGCAACAACAGAAUCCAGCAUUCUCGGCGCCAUCACAGCCAGGAGGAGAGUCGAGCAUAGCUGGAUCGGUGGAAGGUGGUACGAUAGGAAUUCUGGCUCCGAUGCCGAGAGAUAAAGACCAAGGGAUGAUCCUUCUCUCGGCUUGGCUGAACCAGCCUCACCUCAAGCCUGAUACGUUAGCUACAUUCGACGAGUUCUGUCAAGUCGAGAUGUUUGAAGGAGAGUAA